CUUCGUGGCGACCCACAGUGGCAGUCUAGCGGCGCAAGGAGGUGGGUUAGUUUCUUCGUCGCUCGAUAUUGUCGUUUGGAUCUCAAGGAAAAUCACGCCCCCUAAAUGUAAACGGUAUCGAGGAACCACUCGUGGGAGGAUUCGUUUCGUCGUGCACCGAGACAAGAUGUCGACAUCGGCGAUAUACAUUCUGGAUGUGAAGGGCAAGGUGUUGAUCUCACGGAAUUACCGCGGCGACAUCGAGACCGGCGUCAUAGAGAAGUUUAUGCCGCUGGUGAUGGAGCGCGAAGAGGAGGGCAAUCUCACGCCCAUCAUCCAGACACCGGAGUGUACUUACGCGUACAUCAAGUAUAACAACCUGUACAUCGUGUCCACCACGAAGAAGAACGCGAAUAUAUCCUUGGUGUUCGUGUUCCUGCACAAAGUGGUGCAUGUCAUGCAGGAGUACUUCAAGGAAUUGGAGGAGGAGAGUAUACGAGACAACUUCGUCGUCAUCUACGAGCUGCUGGACGAGCUGCUGGACUUUGGCUAUCCUCAGACGACCGACAGCAAGAUACUGCAGGAGUACAUCACCCAGGAGGGCCACAAGCUGGAGAUUCAACCGAGAAUCCCCAUGGCUGUGACGAACGCGGUCUCAUGGCGGUCGGAGGGCAUUAAAUACCGCAAGAACGAGGUCUUCCUCGACGUGAUCGAGUCGGUGAAUCUCCUGGCGAACGCCAACGGCAACGUCCUGAGCUCCGAGAUCGUCGGCGCCAUAAAAAUGAGGGUCUACCUGUCGGGGAUGCCGGAGCUGAGGCUGGGCCUGAACGACAAGGUGCUGUUCGAGUCGACCGGACGCGGCAAGUCCAAGUCCGUGGAGCUGGAGGACGUCAAGUUCCACCAGUGCGUGAGACUGUCGCGCUUCGAGAACGACCGUACGAUCUCGUUCAUCCCGCCGGACGGCGAGUUCGAGCUGAUGUCGUAUCGGCUGAACACGCACGUGAAGCCGCUGAUAUGGAUCGAGUCGGUGAUCGAGCGGCACGCUCACAGCCGCGUCGAGUACAUGAUAAAGGCGCGCUCGCAGUUCAAACGGCGCUCGACCGCCAACAACGUGGAGAUCGUGAUACCUGUGCCGAACGACGCCGACUCGCCCAAGUUCAAGACCACGAUCGGCAGCGUCAAGUACUCGCCGGAGCAGAGCGCCAUCACGUGGAUCAUCAAGUCCUUCCCGGGCGGCAAGGAGUACCUGAUGCGGGCCCACUUCGGCCUACCCUCGGUGGUCGGCGAGGACGUCGAGGGCAAGCCGCCCAUCCAGGUGAAGUUUGAAAUCCCAUACUUCACCACGUCGGGCAUUCAAGUGCGCUACCUCAAGAUCAUCGAGAAGAGCGGCUACCAGGCGUUACCGUGGGUGCGCUACAUCACUCAGAACGGUGAUUAUCAGCUGCGGACGAAUUAGAUGCGGCACUCGCGAGAGUACUUCAUUCAAAUGACGCUCGAUCUAUCUUUUAAACGCGACGAUACUGCGUCCGACGGAAAAGAGAGGAAGAAGGAGAGAAAAAA